AUGAAAAUUUAUCGUGCCUGGAUUUAUGUCGUGCUAUCGAUUCUACUGUUUUCCCGGACCGGAAACGUCCACGGGGUUACACAACGGAGCAAAGUUAACAACGGAGAGAAGUUCGGACGCGCUCCGCUCCUCGAAAGAUUCGCCUGGCAAAAGCUGGAUUUUUCUUAUCCGGACGAGCGUAGCAGGCAAUUGGCAAUUGCGAGCGGCGAAUUUGUGCCGGAGAACGCUUUGCCCGUCGGCAUUGAGAUCUGGAGGAACAAGGUCUUUGUCACGAUACCGAGAUGGCGCGAUGGGAUACCAGCCACGUUGAAUUAUAUAUCGCUGGACACUAAUCAAAGCGGAUCGCCCAGGCUUACGCCUUAUCCGAACUGGAUUCAGAAUAAGGCCGGUGUUUGCGGUAGAGGAUUAACCACCGUUUACAGGAUCCACGCGGACGUAUGCGAUAGAUUAUGGGUGUUGGAUACAGGCACGGUGGGUCUCGGCGAUACAACCGUACAAGUUUGUCCCUACACCUUGAACGUAUUCGACUUGACCACGGAUAAGAUUCUGAGACAAUACCGACUCAGGCCGCAGGACAUCAACCAGAACACUUUUAUCGCCAACAUCGCGGUCGACCUGGGCAGAGAUGGCUGCGACGACGCCUUCGCUUACAUGUCCGACGAGCUCGGCUACGGUCUCAUCGUGUAUUCGUGGCAGCAGAAUACAUCCUGGCGUAUCACGCACAGUUACUUCAUGCCGGAUCCCUUGGCGGGUGAUUACAACGUCGGAGGCUUGAAUUUCCAAUGGGGAGAAGAGGGCAUUUUUGGAAUGAGUCUGUCGCCGAUAUCGCAGGAUGGCUAUAGGACCCUCUUCUUUCAUCCUCUCAGCAGCCAUCGCGAGUUCGCGGUCUCUACGAGGAUUUUAAGGGACGAGCAACUAUCGCAAAAUAGUUAUCGCGAGUUCCAGGUACUGGCAUCGAGAGGACCACUCUCCCACUGCACGGCGUCUGUGAUGGAUGAGAAUGGACUUCAGUUUUUCAAUUUGAUCGACCAGAACGCAGUCGGAUGUUGGAAUUCCGCGCUGCCUUACUCGUCGGCGAAUCACGCGGUUGUCGCGAGGCACGACGACGCUAUGAUAUUCCCAGCCGAUAUCAAAGUGAAUCGCGGUAUGCUCUGGAUCAUGUCGGAUCGGAUGCCGAUAUUCCUGUUGUCGACUCUCAAUUACACGGACGUAAACUUCCGAAUACUGACGACGUCGGUACAGGAGGCGGUCGCCGGAACGGUAUGCGAUAACACACCGUGGAGAUUCGGCGGCAAUCAAAUCUGGUAG